UCAAUCACAUGACCAUUACAUAUGAACCAAGAUGGCGUCUUUCGUGUUGGUGAGUUUUGUCGUCUGCGGCUUGUUCGCCUCUUCUGCGCUGACCGCUCCUACUCCGCUCGUCAUAUGGCAUGGGAUGGGUGACAGCUGCUGUAACCCUAUCAGCAUGGGCAGUAUCAAGUCCAUGGUGGAGGAACAGGUCAAGGACAUAUACGUCAGGUCACUGGAGAUCGGCAGUAAUAUCAUAGAGGACACAGAGAACGGCUUCCUGAUGAAUGUGAACAAGCAAGUGACCAUGGUGUGUGACAAGCUGGCCAAAGACACCAAACUGGCCAAUGGCUACAAUGCCAUAGGCUUCUCACAGGGGGGACAGUUCUUGCGUGCUGUUGCCCAGAGAUGCCCCAACCCUCCCAUGUUGAACUUGAUCUCUGUAGGUGGGCAGCACCAAGGUGUGUAUGGUUUCCCCCAUUGCCCCGGUGACAACUCCACCCUCUGUGACUAUGUCAGGAAGCUGCUGAACUUAGGGGCCUACAACAGCUACGUGCAGAGCUUUCUGGUGCAGGCUGAGUACUGGCAUGACCCACUCAAUGAGGAAGAGUACAAGAAAGCUAGUGUCUUCCUGGGUGACAUCAACCAAGAAAGUAUGGUGAACCAGACGUACAAGACUAACAUGAUGAAGCUGAAGAAGUUUGUGAUGGUGAAGUUUACAGAGGACACCAUGGUGGAACCUAGGGAGAGUGAGUGGUUUGGAUUUUACAAGCCAGGCUCAUCGACUGAACUGCAAGACCUUCGCAACACAACCCUGUAUACAGAGGAUCGCCUUGGUCUGAAGGAAAUGGACAGUCAGGGGAAGCUGGUCUUCCUUAGCUCCGACACUGACCAUCUCCAGUUCAGCAAGGAAUGGUUCAUCAAGAACCUGAUUCCCUACAUCAAGGAAUGACCAGGAGAACCAGGUUUAACCAUUCAAAAAUGCAACUACCAACAAGGUUGAGAUAAUUACUAUGAUACAUAUAAAUGGCAGCAUCUCUGUAUUAAAUAUCAGGCUUAUAAUAUCCACUAAAGGAUGCAUUAAAUAUUGUUGUUUUAAUAACUGUCAUUUCACUAUAUACUACAGGAGAAUUGAGUGUGAAUUAUAUCUUCUCUGUGUUAAUGAUUUAUAGAAUGUCUAGGAUACUUUUGUGUUAAAAGACAAUAUUGUGGGACACAAUUCCUCUUCUUUAAAAAAAGUUUUUGCUAAGUGAGGAUUCAAUUCACAAGAUGUUUGAAGUUGAACCCACUGAAAAUCCUCCAAAAUGUGCAAUAAAGUGUGUAAAAGCAGUUGCCUACACACAUAUGAACAGAUUAUGACACGUUGAAAGAUGUAUUAUGUGUGUAGCUUUGAUAGCUUUUUAUACUUUUCCACAAUGUGAUAUCAAGAGGCCUCAUUUGGAGCAGUAAUGUUUACUGAGAUUAAAACCCAUUUUCAAGUA